UGAGGUUUUGGAAGAAGAUGGGGGAAACUAUUCGUGUGAAGGACAUAACAAGCUUGGGUUUGUGGCCUGCUCCUAUGUAAAAAUAACUGUCAAAGGUUCCAAUUUUUUGUGGUAUUACAUUGGUGGAUCAGUGGCAGCAGUAAUUGUCGUUUCGCUGAUUGCCUGUUUCUUUUGCAAACGUCGAAGGACAGCUAUGGCUCUUCCUGAUCAAGAGCAGGCAAUUCAGAUGGAGCCAUUGAAUGUAGAGGUAGAUGAAUGGGAGAUUGAGGUGAGCCGUGUCCUGCUUCAAGAAGUCAUUGGGCGAGGGGCGUUCGGAGCCGUGUGGAGGGCUCUGCUGAGCUCACCAAAUGGAAGACCUGGAAACCGAACAGUCGCCGCUAAAUGCUUCACGCCCACUGCUGGAGAGGAUGGAAGGAAAUGUUUGAUGAGAGAAAUUGAGCUGGGAAAACUUAUCGGUGAAAACAAUCAGCCAAACAUUGUAAA